ACUCCCAGCUUUAGUUAUACUUUGGCUCUCUGAACGCGAAGCUCUCUCAUAGAUCCUCCCAUCAUGAAGUUCCUUCUGCUGCUGGCUGUGUUCGCUGUCUUUGUGGCCAAUUCUUUGGCUCUGAAAAAUGCGAUUUGUGGCCUCCAGCAUUCCCGCAAUGGUGACGGACGCAUUUCCUGUGAGGCUUACAUUCCCAGCUGGUCCUUUGAUGCCGAUGCAAAGGAAUGCGUGAAGUUCAUCUAUGGGGGCUGUGGCGGCAAUGAAAAUCGUUUCGGUUCCAAGCAGGAUUGUGAGGCAAAGUGUUUGGAAUAAAUAUUAGUGAUUUACAAAACA